AUGGCGACUGAACAGCGCGGCGGGCACGCGCCGCGAGCCUCCCCGCCAGGAGCCGGGCGGCGCGGGGCACGGCCUGCGGGGCCGCCCUCCGGGCCGAGCGGCCGCGGAGCCCCCCGCCCGGGGGAGCCGCCGGCGGCCGUGGAGAAGCAGGGGCCGUACAUGGUGAAGCGCGGGCCUUCCCUUCAAGCCAAGCUGCAGAAGCACCGGGACCUGGCCAAGGCCGCUCUGCGGAGGAAGGGCAUGCUGCGGGCCUCGCCGAGCCGCCCCGACUCCUCCGGGAAAAGGUCAGCGAAGUUUAACAAGGGCUAUAUUGCUCUUAGUCAGAGUCCAGAUGAAAACCUGGUGUCCCUCAACUCUGACAGUGAUGGGGAGCUGGAAUCCAGAUACUCCUCCGGGUAUUCCUCUGCAGAGCAGGUAAACCAGGAUGUGAGCCGCCAGCUGCUCCAGGAUGGGUAUCACCUGGAUGAGAUUCCAGAUGAUGAGGACUUGGACCUCAUUCCUCCCAAGCCUAUGGCCUCAACGUGCUCCUGCUGCUGGUGCUGUCUUGGGGACUCUUCCUCUUGUACCCUCCAGUAG